AGUCGUGGCCAUAGGCAUGCUAUUAACUAAUGGGCCAUGUAAUGUAAUCCAUAAUAGGUCCGCUGAGAAAACAACCACAGCCACAUCGUCGCAGUUUCCAUCGCUGGCCUGUUCCAUUUGAUAGCGGAAGAAAUCGCAUCAAAAUUGAAAUUUCAUCUUCUGCUCUUUCUUUCUCAGCUCUCAUUCCGAUCCCCAAAAAAUUCAGUUAGCAAAGCAAACCAAAAUCAGAAAUGGAAGAAGAAAAGGCGGUAGCUUACUACGACGAGCUUACGCGGAAAGGCGAAGGAGCCGCCAGAUUCAAACGAGGCCUCGGCUUCUCCUCCAACGAUGAUCAACACGACGCGGUUCCGCAAAGAAGCUCAGCUUUUGUCUCUUCGUCUUCGUCGUCGUCCUUCCUCAGCAGCUUCGUUAGGGCCUCAAGCCCUGCCACCGCUUCUAAGCUCGAGAAAGAAUCUCAACUUCAAUCCAUUCAAAAUAAGCUAAAGAAGAAGCCGGAAAGAGAAGAUAGGGUCUCGGAGAGAAGCAGCGGGGAGAGGGAGAGAGGCAGAGACAAGGAUAGGCAUUCGAGGAGGCGAAGCAGAAGCAGAAGCAGAAGCAGAAGUAGGAGUAGAGAGAGAUACAGAGACAGAGAUAGAGAGAGAAGGAGGCGGCGAAGCAGGAGUCGGUCGCCACGUAGAGAUCGGAGGAGGAGUAGGAGUAGGUCGCCGCGUCGAGAUCGAACGUCUGGGAGGAGGAGGAGUAGGAGUUUGUCGCCCCGAGAGCGGAGGAGGUCAGAGAGGGAUGGGGAGAGAGUGGGGAACUCGAAGAAGGAAAGAAAUGGCGCUGUUGAUUAUUCGCAGUUGAUUGACGGCUAUGAUAAGAUGUCACCAGCUGAAAGAGUUAAAGCCAAGAUGAAACUUCAGCUUGCUGAAACAGCUGAAAAGGAUCCUGCAAAAGGCCCUGGUUGGGAACGCUUUGAGUUUGACAAGGAUGCCCCACUUGAUGAUGAGGAAAUGGAAGUUGCUGAAGACGAUGCAGCACUAGUCAAGCAUAUUGGUCAAAGUUUUCGGUUUUCUGCCAUCAAGGCAAGAAGGGAGGAGCAAAUUAAAGCUGCUCAUGAUGAGGCCAUUUUUGGGGCAUCAACAGUUCCUCUUUCCAUUACUGCAGACGGUGAACUGGAGGAGGAAAAACAUAAAAAAAAUAGCAAUGAUAAUGGUCUGGCUGCUAGCCUCUUAAGUGAGAAGGUGCUUGCAAAGCAACCAGGUUCAUGGCGUGAUCGUGUUCGUAAGGCAUAGAGGGAUUGACAAACUGAUAUGCAGUCUUUGACUCGAUGACCCUGGAUAUUGUCAGGGACAGCUGCUGGUAAGUGGUAAUUAUUCUGAUGUUAACAUUGGGGCAGCCAAUGGGGGAGUCAAUGGUAAAAUUCAUACAGUGAUAAAAAAUUGUUUCCCAAACUCAUCCAGUUUUGAGCUUAUUUCUUAAAUCUAUAUGCUUUUUGCCACAUUAACAUUAGAAAUGUUGUUUCAAA